GCAUUUAGUAUUUAUUUUCACUGCGCAAGAACGGAAGCAUUACAAGUAAUAACGAAAAUGGUAUGAAUAUAAGUAAAUUAUUUUAUAUGUUAAAAACGUGUAUGUGUUCAUCUUGAAAAUGACUUCUUGUUGUAUAUACAUAUUAGCAAUGAAAAUAUAAUAAAUUAAAUUUCAAAUAAUACUAAUGAACAUCCUGCUAUCGCUGUGAGUUGACAAGCGGCAUUUUUUUAGCGUAUAUAACCUGUUCUCGAUACGUAAACAAAUCUGAAAAUUUAAAUAAUAUUACAGAUUACAAUCUAAUAGGCAUUGGGUUGAGUAGACAAAGGAUAAAGCCCUGGCCUUCAGGCACAUGCUGACUGAGUUCGCUGUCACUUCAUAUUUACGACAUAUUAUUUCGGUGGACCUUUUAAGUCUUAAUCUUAGCCUAUAUUUAUAUCAUGAUAGAAUCAUUAAUCAAAAAUGAAAUUUGUCAAAUCAUCCACCAAGUCACCAAGUUUUUAGUAAUUUUUGAGCUAAGAAUUUGUUGGUCCUUUUUUCAGUGACAUUAUGCCUAUGAUAUCUAUGAAUAUACUUCAAAGGGAAAGUGUAAUAAUUAUUUAUUAUACAUAAAAUUUACUGAUUGUGACAGUGACAUGCAGCCAUUUUUUAUUUUUUGUUAAUAAUGCAAUAAUAUCUGAAUAUUUUUUCUGUCAUCAUUUUUCAGUGAUUAACUUAACAAUGUCCAAAAAUAUGCCAAGUAAUAUAGAAACUAUUAAAUUUUAAAUUUGAAGUUUGUUGAAAAAUUUGACGUAGGAUAAUUAAGCACCAUGUUUUCACGAACUUUUUGUUUCUAUCUUUGAAAUAAAUGAAUAUUAUUUAAUUCAAACUGAAAAUGUUUUUAAAUAACAGAUCACACAUCUUUCUUGAAGUGCAAAAGCUUUAAUGAGCAAAAUUUAAAGCCAUAUGGUGAAAAAAGGUUAAAAAGUAAAAACUAAUUAUGGCAUGUUCAAUUCAUAUAUUUUCACAUAGGUUGUAGGCAAUUCGGACAGAUCCAUUCCAUGGCUUCAAUAUCAGAUUUUUCUGGGAUUUCCUUAUCAAAACUAUAUUUAAAAAAUUUUUAAACCUAUUUCUACAAAUUAAUAACUUUUGUUUUCAAUUUAAACUUUAUCUGUCAUAAUCUUUUUAAUGCUAUUUGAAUUAAAACAUGGAUUUUAUUAAUCUGAUCAAUAUUAUUUGGUUGUUUUAAUCAUCUUUUAACAGUUGGGGGUGUUAAGCCCCUGCUAUUUAAAAUAUUCAUUUUUAUGAACUAAUUAAGUAAAUAAAUAAUCUACAGAACCAUAUCUCUUUUACAAAUGUUUCCUAUUCAAAAUAUUAGAAGGAACUUUAGUAUUAAAUUGAAUUUUAGAGCUUUUUUUAAACAAUCUCUAAAUCAUUCAUCCAACUGCCAUUUUACUUUGCAAAAAUGACCAGCUUCAUUUGCUCUACAAAUUUCAGUAUUUUAACAAUUCAUUACAUACACGUAUAGUUAAAAACUAAAAAAAAGUUCUUGCUGAGUUUAGUUGUUCUUGUUUUUGUAUGUAAACUAAAAAAGUUUCACUGUAGACAUAAAAUUUCAAGUAAAAAUAAACAAGCACCCUCUUAGCUGAAGUUUUACAAAGGGUUUGAAGAAGGCUGAAAACUAGAAGGGAAAAGCACUCAUCUAAAAAGGCAAAUUAAAAAUCGAUCCCAUAGGUCAGAAACCCAAGAAUGGUUGUGAAAAGUUCUCUCAUUGGUUAGUAAGUUUCUGUCAACUAAAGCGUAAUGCCUUUCUCUCUUCUUACAAUAAUAUCAAGCAUUUUAUUGUAUGAACUGAGCAAUUAGGGCUUAAUACCCCAUGGAGCCAAUUACCUCCCUUUACCCUAAUCAUUUUAUAGAAUUGUGAAAGUGCUCAAUGGUGUGGUUGAAAGCAUAAGUUAUUUUAGUUUUAGGAAUGCAGAUGAUGCAUUAUGGUAUUGAAUUGUUAGGGACAAGUUUAGAAUUAAUGAAAUUCUGGAACAAGCAAGACUUCACCCAAACAGAUAGUGCAACUUACAUUGAAUUAUAACCAGCAUGACAGGGUAACAUCUUCUCUUCUAGCUUUAAAUAAAACUGUUAGACUCAAAUAAGAAUCAAAAUUAUAAUAUAUGAUUCUGUUUUAAAGUCAGUCUAUUUUAAAUACUGUUUUGAAAAGGUCCUUUUUAGGUAACUUAAUUAUUCUAAUUAGUUCUAUAUAUUAAGGGCCCACGAUCAAUUUAUUGAUCAUUUUGGCUCUUAUGCAUGUAGAGGGGAUUUGCAAUGUUUCUUUGCCUGGUGCUGAUGAGGAUAUUUCACUGGUUGCAAGAGCUACUUUAUGUGGGUAUCAUGCACUGGGGGUUGGAAAGCCUGAGGCAAUAGACGCAAAUGUGUCAAAUGUUGUCGUCUCAACUGUUCCUUUUGAAAGCUUGUUCCAGUCCCUGAUUGUCUUUGGCAGAAUUGAGCAGUUCCUAUACCGGCUUCUCGCUGGUAUGAAUCGGAACGGCCUGUCUUGGCCUCGUCGCUGUCUAUGGGGGAGAGGGAUGAGUUUCUGUUUAAUGUUGAAGCAGUGGACCAACCCAUUAUUUAUCUUGUACAUCAUGGAGAGCCUUGAUAGUUAUCAUCGUUCCUCCAGUAGUGACCAGCCCAGUGUUUCCAGCAUGCUGCCAACACUUGAGGUAUUCCUUUAGCUGUUCAGGACAAAGCGUGCUGCCCGUUGCUGGACCGCCUCCAACCUGUCGAUGCUCUUCUGUGUCCCAGACUGAAUGUGCUAAUCUAAAAGCGGACGGACAAAGGCUUUAUAGGCUCUUUCUUUCACACUUGAGUUGCUGAUCUUUAGAUUACGCCUUAAGAACCCCAGGGUCUUGUUUGCCUGGUUGCACACAUUGUUAAUAUGCUUGUCCCAGCGAACCUCUCUUUGAAUGGUAACACCCAGGUACCUUACAGAGGAAACUGGCUCAAGUAUAUGGCCAUGCAGUUCGUAAUGGUAUUGUAGAGGAGUACAACUUCUAGAGACUGACAGAGUCUGGCACUUGGCAGGAUGAAAUAUCAUGUCCCACUCAGCUAACCGAUUGAGAUCCUGUUGUAGCUGGUCCUGGUCAGAUCUGUUGGCGUUCUGUUUUGAAUUUAUGUUUUGUAGUUUACAUUUGACAUUUUUUGUAAUAUGAAUUUGGAUGAAAUUUUAGUGUUUAUUCAUGGAGCAUGUUGAAAAUUGCAACUAGAGUGUACCCAUAUAAGAAAUUGUGUUGAAAAUAUUAAUAUAACACAUUUGGCUUGCACUGCACUUUGAGUCACAGCAUAAGAUUGUACUUUCUAUACUAAUGACUUGUAUAGCAGUAGAUCCUCCAUUACACUACAGUACUCUUUUUAAUUGAAAAUUAUUAUUAUUACAGAGCGGCUAUCCAACACUUCGCCCACAGUCCUUAGCAAGCAAGGUUAUAGACCUUCCCAAGGGUGCCUAUGGGGUACCAGAUGCCAUGAUGAACGGGUAUAAAUUAUUUUUAACUUUCAGGACCAGGAUAUUAAUUUGAAAACCAAUUUUAAAAAAAAUAAAUGUUUAAAAACUUUUCUUGAGGAUUGACUCUAUAAUUGUCAUAAUGGCAGAUCAUUGGUCAUUACAGCCCUUUCAUCAUUAAAAUGCAAUAAUUGAUUUAAUGCAUUUUGGUUAAGGGGAAAUCACUCUUUAUAAAUGAGUUUGAUUUCCAUUCCUUUCAGGGCUUGUUUUGUGAUUAAUCGAGUUUGACAUUUUUACAAUUUUUUUUAAUGUUAUUUAUGUUGAUGCUGGAGAUGAUUCCCCAUCUAGAUUGAAAAAUUGAAAUUGACUUUCUUUAUUAGAAUUAUUUCAAAUGGAUUGAAAUGAAAGCAAUGAUUUCAGAGAUAUUCCACAUGGUAGUAAUGACAGUAUUAGCUCUAGCAGUGAUGGUGAAAUGAGAGUCAGAUAUUGACAAUUUAGCUCUAAGCUUAGUCCUAUUGUUACUGGCAAAUUCAUUUGGGAAAGAGUUGAAAUCGAACAGAAAAGACAAAGAUUGGACCCCAAACAUCUAGCUUAAUGAUAUUCAAAGAGAUUUAUAUUUGUGGAUGUUCUUGAGAUAAAUUAAUAACUUAUAUUGAAAAGCGUAAUUUUUUUGAAUUUUUUAUUCAAUACCUUCAAAUUUCUGUCCUGAGUUAAAAAAAUUCCUUUUUAAUUGAAGUUAUUUAAUCCAUUUUUAUUAUUAUUAAUUAAUGGAUGGAAAAAAUGGAUUGCAUAACUUCAAUUGAAAGGGAAUUUUUGAACUCAGGACAGAAAUAUGAAGGUAGUGAAUAAAAAAUUCACAAAACUUACAAUUUUCAAUAUAAGAUGUAACUAUAACUUGACAUUUUCUGAAUGAAUACUGCUUCCAGUAUAUCACAAACUUGAUUUUUAUGAAAGUUUGAACAAUUUAUGGAGCAUUUGGUUGGGUUGAAUGCAUAAGUUGAAUAGUAAAAUUUUACCCACUCUAUCAACAUGCAUAACAUAAAAACCAACUCUUUUCAUGCCAUAAAAUAUCUAGUCCAAUGUACUUUCAGGACAUGUUUACUAGUAAAGUUCUGUGAAUUCAUUUAAUCUAGGAUUUUGCCAUUUUUGAUAUGCAUAUGAAAAUGCUAAAAAUGCCUUGACACUGCAGAAAAAAUCACUUGACAUUUAUGUUUAAUUAUAAUUCAGUUUCAGACUGUUAAAAGUUCAAGUUCUAUCUUUCUUUUUUUCUUUGGAUGUGGAUGUGAACUUGUGAUCAAUAUUUUCUUUUAAAGUAUUAUCUCUCUAACUAGUAAAAGUCAUGCUAAAAAAAAGUUAAUGAAUGCAUAAGGAGAAUCCUUCACAGUCUUUCAUUUGAAAUGUUCAAUUUCAGACUGAUGGCCGGCAGAGCCAGUGCUGGUCUUCAGACUGCUCACCCUCUUCAGGCUUCAGAGGAACAGGUCAGUUUAAAAUAAUCGUCAAGUAGGCAUCCUCUGCCACUAACAGUGAUUCUGGGGUAAAAAUGGCUAGAUUUUCUAUUUUCUGAGGUGGGAUUUCUUAAAAGGUUAUAAGAACAAGGGAGACAUGAGUUUUUAAGUUAUGUUUUCCGGCUGCAACAAGAUGGCGGAGAAAAAAUUCAAAAGAGCACAAAAGGAAGGAAACAUGGAUUUUACAAGAAAAUAAUUGUAUGAAAUAGUUCUUUCUUAUGAAUAUAUGCUUAAGAAUCUGCAGAGGAUCAGAAUCUUUGUUUCAGAUACGUAAUUUUUCUCUCAACAACAUUUCGUUAACAAAAUCUCCAUUGUCACUAAACAAAGGAUAACUUCCGGCUACAACAAGAUGGCGGUAUAGUAAUACACAAUAGGAAGGAAUCUCAGUGUGUAGACGCUUCAGUAAAGCAAGGGGGAUAGUUAAAGAUGAUUAUUGGAAAUUGUCUUCGACGCAAGAAAAUUCGAACUUUUCAUUAAUUUUUAUUGUUUUGCGGUUCCAUUCAGGAUCAGAAUUUAUGCUGUUAUCAACGUAUUUCUCCUUUAAAUUACAACUACAAUAUAGAUCUACUGUUGAGCUGAAUAGGAAGAAGCCAUCUUGUUCGGAAACAGCCGGAAGUCUCUGUACUCAGCUCUCACCUGUGGUUCCAAGAAGCUGUAACAUGCACAGCGACUACAACCCAGACGAUUCCAGGUUGAGGGUAGCCGAAGGGCAUAGAACUUUCGGAAAAAAAGGGGUUGUCCCCCAUAGCAUGUAAAGACUGAAUCCGGCAAAUUGUGCGGAAGAACCACUACUUGGUCAACGGACAAAAGGCGGAGACAGCACAGUGGUGUGAAUCGCUGAGAACAUGACCAGACACGUAGAACGCCAUGGUCAUUCACUGCAUGGGUGACUGGGUGGCCGAAUGGUCUAAACUGAGCAAACCUCAAUUUCAGCCAAAGGCCGGUCAAGCAAAAACAUCACCCCGGGUGGAUGAGACUCGUUAACCUUGGUCGGCAACUCAUCUAAGAGAAGGAAACUCUGAAUUCAAACCCGGAGUUGGAGUCCCGUAAGGCGCAUACAAUGUCCAUUCCUGCAACCGUACCCAUCCCUGGUCGUCUUGACAUAGAGUCUUGCCACUGGAUAUGGUGGGCUCGGACGAGAGAGUGAGGUUGACGCUGCGCAACUCUUCCUCACUUUAAACAAAAGUCACCCGCGCAAGUCAUCAGUCACCAGACGACUCGAUGGUCAUCGUCGAUCCUCGACGGACGAACAACAAGUUAUGUUUUAAUUUAUAAAUAUUUAAAAAUUUCUUUAUUAAAAUUUGGCUUUAUGUUUUAAGUCACAAGUUCAGCAUCCCAUUUCUAGUUCUCUUUACAUUUCAAUAAACAAACUGACACCCGUAUUUUUACAUUUUAAAAUGCAUUAUUACUUUUGUAAGAGGUGUCAGACUUAGUAAACAACUCGUAAGGGGUGCUAGACUGGUCAAAUAAUUUCAAGGUGAAGGGUAUAGAAAUGGUAGGGGAAAACUGCUAUGCAAUAGUAGAUUUAAGUAUUAGUAGUUUUAGUUUCUAAUUAAACUGCUCAUACUGUCUUUAUGAAAGACCCAUGUUUUUGAAAUAAAGGUUGAUAUUGUUUAUGUGUGACAAAAAGUGAGUUUCUACUAUUUUAAAAGAUUUGAAAAUCUUCAUUAUACUUGGAUGCUGUUUUGGGCUAUAAUCUUUGGCAUUAGAGGUAUGUAUAAAUGAAUAGCUUAAUUGUAAUUUAAAUUUGUGAGUAGUUGAUGUAAACUUGAUGACUCUGUAUUUCAGUGGAAUGAUCACCAAAUGAAACUGGACUUGGUCAUGUUGAAGAACUCUCAAGGCAUCCAUGCACCUCUUAAGCUCCAGAUGGAACGUUUUGCCGUCUCUCAGGUAGUUCUAGUCUCAAUAACUAAAUUAUUUACUUGUCAGAGUUGGCUGCAGCAAAGAAAAAAAAAAUAUUUUGAAUGACCUUCUUAGCUCUCCACCUAUCAACCACUGCUCUAGAGGUUUCCUUAAAUUGCCUAAUCAUUGUUAGACAUAUAUUCUGCUUAAUAAAAUCAGAUGCAGAGACUGCCGUGCCUACACAGUUCCAAUAUCUUGAUGGACACACUAACAGGAGCAGAUGAACGCAUUCGAUUUGAGGAUAUAUUGAACAGUAAGCUCUUGAUAUAAUUUAAUAACAUAAUUUAAUGUAUUUAUUUUUAGAAAUUAUGGGUAAUGCUGUUUUAUUUAUCAGAUUUUAGUUUGUCUGGACAAGUCAUUUUUGUUGCCCAAUCCGAUGGAAAUUUUUUUUUACUUAACCCCGGGUAUCUAUAUUACUAAAAUUUUUGUGGGACUGGUAAAUGUGGAUAGAACUAUUUAGGAACUGCUGUACUUCAAAAGUAGGUUUAUUUUCAUCUCCGGGAGAUGCUUACUUGUUAACUCUCCUUCUCAUCAUCCUCAAAUUUCUUAUUCAAAAUUUAUGUCACAACUACCAACAAGACUGAGUAGAAAUUGCAUUUUGCUAGUAGGAAAUACUAUAUAAUAUAAAAUGCUCUUACCUGUGGGCACAGCUAUACUUCCCAGAUUAGAAAAUAAUGAUUACUCGACAUUCUCUUUUUUUAAAUUUUUGUUAACAGGUUGUGGUAAUUUUUUUUUAUUUGGCACCUGGUGAUAGAAUGGAGAGGCACAUUGCUGCCUAAACAAUUCUUCAUGGACUUAGUUUUUUAAUAUUAGUAUAUUAAAGCUGAGCCAACUUUGAAACUUCUUGUCAUUGCAGAUCCUGCAGACAGUGAAGUAAUGGGACAGCCCCAUGCUAUGAUGGAGAGGAGACUGGGAUUUUUGUAACUAUAGGGCAUAAUCAUAUGGAAUGGGAGGCCAUGUGAAAUUGACAUACAUUUUUAAGACAUUUUGUUUGAUUUUUGUUUCUCUUGAAAGGCUGGAUAUCCAUGAAUCAGUAUGUUAUGAAUUGGUAUGUGGUAUGUAUGAGUCGAGAGGAUGUUUUUUUAAUUAAGAAUUGAAGAAAUACAGAAUAUUUUGUUCUCUGCUUUGGUCAAGUUAAAAUAAUAGUACCUGCCCACCAAAACCAAGUGACUUUUUGAAUGGAUGUGUUGGAUAAACAAGGAACAUUUUCUGUUCGAUUUUUUUGUAUAAGAGAAUAAACAAAAUUGAUUGACAUUCCCCAUGUGUGGCUUAAUUGAUUUUCUGCAUGUGUGCAUCAGUGAAAAGGUGU